AUGGCAGUCCUUCUGAUCUUUGGUACCGUUUUCUGUGCACUCGCAUCGGUCAUUACAGCAUCUAUUCCUCGAUACAUCUUCCUCUGCUUUAUAAACACUGCAAUAUGGUGCGGAAACCCACUAGCACUCUCAUAUACCAGCACAGUUCUGGGACUAGCUCAGCCAGAGGUGAGAGCUAUUUCCCUAGCCAGUAUUAACGGAGCCGCCAAUCUUGCGCAGCUUUACGCUACAGAAAUCAUCACGGUGUCCAAACCACCUCUGGCUGUUAUGGGAUUCCAAGUAUUCUCUGGACUCUUCGCAAUUGGCGCUCUGAUCUAUCUCGCAUGCUUCUUCAUAUACCAGAGAUGGCCCUACAAAUCCACACAGACUGCUUGA